CUGGCCUGAGCUAUUGCCAGGGUGAAGGUCACCCAGGGAGAAAAUUUAGCACAUGUGUGUCUGCAAGCUAUUGAGAGGCUCACUGAGACAGACAAGAUGGAAGGCUGUAUACAAGAAUGAGACAGGCCAGAGUUUGACAGAGUCAUCAAGCUUCUGUUACCGACUUUAACUUACACACGUUUGUACAUCUGGGGUACUAUUUAAAGAUCCACCAUGAGUCAAGGGCGUGCAGAGAACAGCAGAGAGACCAUAUCCCUUCGCCGGCGCCCAGGAUUACAAAGAAUUCUUCCAAAGAAGGAAGCGGAGAAGCCGAAAGAAAAGGGAAAAGAUGGAGAAAAAGAAAAAGAUAAAGAUAAGAGUGAACCAGUCCAUGAAUCGCCACCAGCCGGCGGAGGGCGAGGUAUACGUACACGUCUCUCCACUGGCAGCAUCCACAUGAACGGGACGUAUACCGUUGCUGUCGCCAAGGAGAUAGAAAAUAACCAAAGCCUCAUGCAUAAAGACAUAGAACGAGUGGCAACUGGACGUUCCAACGAUUCAUGGACUGCCGAAGAGAAACUCCAAAUUGUCGACUUCGCCGAGAAGUUUGGUAAUAGAGCGGCCGGUCGCCGGUUCAAUGUCGGAGAAUCCAACGUACGCAACUGGAAAAAGCAGGAAGAUGAUCUGGAGACCACGCCUAUGGGCAAACGAGCAAACAGAGAGAUGUCAGCGACACCGCCUUCCAGCACCACUGCCACAGCAGCCAGUGGCAGUGGCAGGAAACGCGGCCUUACAGGAACAGUGGAGGGAAUUCAUGCUCAGGGACCAGGAGGACAAACCGUCCCACCAAAACGUCGUAAAAUUGGCCGCAAUGAUGGAUCUGGAGAGGACAACAGGAACGACUACUUCUGUUGGCUGUGUCACAAAGAAGGAACUGUGAUCUGCUGUGAGCUGUGUCCCCGUGUCUACCAUACCAAAUGUCUCAACCUCGGACAAAAGCUUCCCAAGGACUGGGUCUGCCCCGAGUGUGAAAAGAUAAUGAGAGCAGAGUGUAUUGACACACGUUCAAAAGCGAUGUCAAUGAUCAGCAUAGACACGCUGUGUACACUACUCAAGUAUGCGCUGGAGAGGAUGACACAUCAAGGGAGUGACCCAUUUAUGAAGCCUGUUGACCUAGGUGCAGUUCCCUACUACACAGACUAUGUUUACAAUGCCAUGGAUCUGGGAGAGUUAGAAAGGAAUAUCAAGAAGAAACUGUAUGGUUGCACUGAGGCGUUCCUCGCCGACGCCAAAUGGAUUCUUCACAAUUGUAUCAUCUUCAAUGGCACCCAUCACAAACUGACCAGUAGUGCCAAGAUGAUUAUCAAGAUUUGUAAACAUGAGAUGAACGAGGUAGAAUUGUGCCCGGACUGUUACUGGAACUCUUGUGUUCGUAAGAAUGACGAGUGGUUCAGCGAAACCUGUAGAACACCACACACACUAGUCUGGGCCAAACUGAAGGGCUAUCCAUUCUGGCCCGCAAAGGCACUGCGAGAAGAAGACGACCAGGUGGAUGUCAGAUUCUUCGGAGCCCAUGACAGGUCAUGGGUUCCUACGUCGCAGGUCUACAUGCUGUCCAAGGAAAUCCCCACACCUGCCAAAAACAAAAGAGGAGGAUUUGAGAAUGCUAUGGAUGAAUUGGAAAUACACAUACAGAAAAUUAGGGAGAAAUUCGGACACUUUGAAUAUGCAAGUUUUAGGAUGCCGUACGAUAAAAAUCAUAUCUACUUCCACAACAAAAUGAAGCAACCCUUCAGGAAAGGUCGGCAGGCGGCCAACAGUGCUAAGUUGGCUUUCUCACCGAAACCGAAAUCGUACACAAUCAAAAACGUGUAUCCAGGUAAGGUUAUUUCUGACAGUCCAUCCAAGGCAGAUAGACAGUCCGUGAUGCUGAAAACUGCUGAUGCUGUUCGUAGUAAAUAUAUUUCCAUGAUUGCAACGCGACGCGUUACCGUAGAUGCUUCUCAAAAUCGUGCAGAUGCAAAUGCAUCGAGCAAAACUGAUGUUGGAGUAGGACAGACAAAUCGUGUUCCUAGCAAGGUCAUUACGGCAAAGGUCGCACCAGGUAUGGUCAUUCCUGCGAAUUUGAUUAAAGUGGUGAAGCUUCAAUCGGACAAGGCCAAUACUAUCAUUUUCAAGCAAGGAGAUGGCAAUAGGAAGAUCAUUUUCCAGACGCCAUCUGAUAACAAGGCCAAGGUCAGUAUUGUUGACAAAGUACAGGACAGGAUAACACAAAUGAACGCAAACAGUCUAGAUGAUGAAGCAGAAGAAGCUGUCGAAAGCCAUUUAGAAUUACAUAAUACUGAGAGCCAAAAAAGUAGUGAUGUUUGUGAGGACAAUGUAACAAAGAUUGAUCAUGACAAGUUAGAUUCUGUUAAGGAUCCAGUAAUUUCUGAGGAUGUAUCGGAGGAGAAAUCGAGCUCUGAUGCUGCGUCAGAUCUCGGUGACAAGAUGGAGACUGAUGACGGUGAGGCUGAACUCAGCCAUGAAGGUAGUGUGUCUCCCUCAAAAAAGAUCUACCACGAAAAUCUGCUAAAGACUAUUCAAUCUUGCAAGGAGAAGCUGGGAUUGAGUGACGAUUCAAUUUUGUCUGAUGAUGAUGAUGAGGUAGACGAAGACGAGGAUGAAGAUGAGGAAAACCAAGAUCAUAAAGAAGACGAUGAAAAAGAGGAUGUGUGCGAUGAAACUGAGAAAGAUGAUGUUGCGAUGGAAGCCGAUAUUUCCUCAGAGGAAAAUAAGUCUGUAACAACAUCAUCAGAUGAAAAUUCAACGAAAGUGAAAAACGAAGAAAAAACUGACACUAAGGUUGUGAAGUCAUCUGUGAAGGCGGAUGAAUCGCAAAAAGCAGAGGAGGAGGUUGAAAAUGAAAAGAAACCAACAAAUGCAGAGUGUGGGGAUAAAGUUAAUGAAACAACAUCUAUUCAAAAAGAGGAGAAGACAGAAGGAUCAACAGAGCAGAAAGUGAAUAAGACUGAUGACCAGAAAAAUGACAGACCAGAGGAGUUGAAUAAUGAACAAAGAAAGGACCAGUCGGAGAGGUCAACUGACGACCUGAGAAAGGACCAGUCGGAGAGGUCACCUGACGACCCGAGAAAGGAGCAGACCGAGGAUUCAACUGAUAAACAGCAGGACAUGGUAAAGGAAAGAGCGGAGCAAGGGAAAGAGGAUGGAUCGGAGAGUAUAAACAAGGAUAAGAAAGAAGAACCGUCUUCACCAGAAAAAAAUGUACACGGUUCGGACAAAAACAAACCCAGUUUGAUUGUACUGGAACCAACAUCUGAUUCCAAGUUGGGUGAUGUAGAUUCGAAAGACACUGAUGUGUCGAAAUCAAGCACAUCAGUAUCUGAUAAAAUGGAUGUGGAUGAACCAAAUCUUGUGAUGGAGGUCGAGACGGAUUCCGACAUGGAUAAUUUAGUGAUGGAUCUUGAUGAUGGGGAUCAAACCCAGCAUCCGCCAAAAUCCCAAACUCUUACGCCAACCAAACAACGGUUGAACAUAUUGCCACCAAAAGUAAACACAAGCCCUGGUGCUAGUGGUAAGUUAGAACAAGUGGACUUAUCCGGGGUGAACAAGGUUGUGAUUGUGAAACAGUCUGCUUCGACAGGAGAGAACUCUUCGAAAUCUCCGUCAAGUGUAAAAUCUCCAUCAAGUGUAAAAUCUCUGUCAAGUGUAAAAUCUCCAUCAGGCUCUGCUGUCACAUCAAGUGUAAAAUCUCUGUCAAGUGUAAAAUCUCCAUCAGGCUCUGCUGUCAAAUCACCGACUGGCAAAUCUCCAAAUUCAAGGAAGUCACCUGCUGUACUUUGUAAGCGUGUUCCAUCUGCCGAGUUCUUCCAAUCUGCUGUGGAAAAGACCAUGAAAUCUCCGAACUCCAGCAUGGAGAAGUCUAUGGAAACCGAGUCUGAAUCAGUAUUAGAAUCUAGCUCCAAUCCAGAGUCUGACGUACCAGCUCAUUCAGAGAUCAUCUCCAAGUUCACUAAGAAGUUGAUGGGAUCAAUACAAGGCACGUUUGAGAUGAUGUGUAGCGAGUUUAUUUCUCAGGAACUUCAACCCAAGAAUGUGACAAAAGAUCUACAGGCAGAGAUUCAGAAAUUAAGGUGGGAGCAACAUCAACAGAUUCUGGAGCUCAAACACAACUUUCAGUUGACCAUGGCAGAGAUGAAGACGUGUUGGGAGGCAGAGAAACAGCGAAUUGUGUCGGAGGUCAACAGUCUGAAUAGUAAAGACAAAGAAAAAGCUAUCAACGAAACCAAGAAAAAACAAUGGUGUGCCAGCUGUGGUAAGGAGGCCAUAUUCUACUGCUGUUGGAACACCAGUUACUGUGACUACCCGUGUCAGCAGUCCCACUGGCCAAAACACAUGCCCACAUGUAUGCAGACUCAGCAGGCACAGGCCUCAGCCAAUGAGAAGGAGGCAGGUGAUAAGGAUAGCCAAUCAAAUGUAGGGUCUUCACCAAGUGUCAAGCCGACUACGCAAGAACCGGACAGGGCUGUAGAGACGUCUACUACUGGUUCCAAUUCAGUGACUGGGACCUUGGUGUCGUCUGCCCAGGUGACACCAAACACUCCAGUGUUAGGGAGUGGAGAGAGUCCUAUUGAUGUGGAGAUGGAAAGACCCCGCCCCCAGCUAUGGGAACAGACCAAUGUCCAGCCCCUACGCCAGGGUAUCUCGCCCUACAUGUGUGCUCCGCAGCUUCCCCCCCCUGGGGCUGUACAAGUACCCCAUGGAGGACUACAGUUCCAUCCUAUGGUACCCAGCCCUGGGGCAGUCUCUCCAAUGAACCAGGACCAACUGAAUAAGAAGGUGAAUAGCCACGGCUGGACGGAGCAGAGUAUGGCCGAGGCGUACAAUGCCGUAAUGACGGGAGGCAUGUCGGUAAACAAGGCCGCCAAGGUAUUCCAGGUUCCGAGAAUCCGUCUGGCUGACCGCAUCGCUGCAAUCGGAAAGGCAGCACAGUUUCCACCUCAACAGAUCCCACAGAGCACCGGUAAUCCUCAGAUGUUGUCUGGGAGUUCCCACAUCGUCACCAGCCAGCCCAUUCUACAGUAUGUUCAGUCCCCCCAGCCCAUCAUCUCGUUACCUCAGAGCCAGCUACCUGUCCAGCAGUUCACUCCACAGAUGGGAAUGCAGACGGUGCAAGUCCAGGGCCAACCAACACCCACUGGUCUCGUACAAAACCAGCAGGCCAUUGUCCAGAACCGCUCGAUCGUCCAGCCCAACAGUUCAGUCCUCUUCCCAAUGAAUGUUGCGGGGGGAGUCAUGCCUGGCAAUCUUGUCUUCUCGCAGUCUGGCCCUCGUCCAUACCAGUUACCAAGGCCCUACUAGAGUAUUUAGUCACCAUAUACCCUUCUCCCAGUCCGGCCCUUGUACGUACCAAUUACUUAGCCCUACUAGGGUAUUAAGUCUGACCCUGUUGGGCCCUCGCCUGUACAAGUAACCAAGGCCCUACCAGGGUAUAUAAGUCACUGGAGGCCUUUCUCCAUCUCUGGUCCUUGUCAAUACCAGUUACUGAAGCCUACUUGGGUAUUAGGUCAGUGCAGGCCCCACUGGAGCACAUGUCUGAUAUGUAAGCUUCCAACAGUCUGAUUAACCAAUCAGUGUUAAACAGUGUUUACCCAGGCCCUGAAUGGUACAUAGAUUGGUGUUCACACUAGUACUGGCCAUGUUAGGGCACAUGGAACUGUGAUCAGACAGGCCCUGAUUGGGCACAUGGAACAAUGGAUCAUACAGGCCUUGUGAAGAUACAUGGAACAAUGGGUCAAAGAGGCCCUGUGAGGGCACAUGGAAAAUGGGUCGCACAGACCCUGUUAGAGCACAUGGAACAAUGGAUCACACAAGCCCUGUUAGGGCACAUGUAACAAUGGGCCACAGAGGCUCAGUGAGGGCACAUAGAACAAUGGAUCACACAGGCCCAUGGAACAAUUAUCCCAGAGGCCCUGCUAGGGCACAUGAAACAAUGGAUCACACAGGCACAUGGAACAAUCAUCACACAGGCCCUGAUAGGGCACAUGGAACAGAAUUAGAAAUUGUGUUUAGAACAUGUUCAUUCUGGUGUCGAAAUGUUGUGCCUGUUCAUCAGGUACAAUUGAUCUUGAAUUGUAAGAGAUGAGUGUUCAUCAACUUUACUCAAAGUUCACAACAUAUGUGUUCAUCGGUUCAGUCUACUCAUGACUAACAAGUGCAAUUUGAGUUGUAAUCUUACUCCAAUAUUGUCACACAAACUCUGUGUAGUAUUUUAGAUGCAAGUUAGCUACAAAGUACAAAUUUGAUUUAUAUAUAACAUGGUAGGAUUGAAUUCUACAAGGUCACUUGUUAGUGAUAGUCUAAGUUAAUGACUUGCUCAACUCUUUCACCCCUAAAAUUUGAUGAUGAACUAUUCAAACCUUUUGAAUUGGAAGAGUUUAAAUGUGUCUUUAAGGGGUGAAUGAGUUAAUUUCUCACAAAUUUCUAUUUAUAAUGAUCUGUUAGCUAUAUAUAUUUUCAAAGCUUUAACUUAACUAAGUUUUACUGGAAAUUGAUUCUCACUUAUUUUGUUCCCAAUAUGAUUGUUGAUUUGUUGGUGCUAAUAUUAUUCAUUAAUAAUAAAUGUAGAUGGCUAUGUUUGAGGAAACUGAUAGUGCUAAUAGAUAUGUAAGACCUGUACCUUUAUGUAGAAAACUAUCUCAUACCUGUGUGCAAGGCAGUCUCAUGCCGCCUGUUUGUGUAAGAUUCUCUCGUACUUGUAUGUGUGAGACUCUUAACUGUAUGUGUGAGAAUAUCUCAUACAUGUACGUGUCAGACUCUCGCGUACCUGUAUGUAUAAGAUUCUCUUAUACCUGUAUGUGUAAGACUCUAUCGUACCUGUAUGUGUUAGAUUGUCUCUUACCUGUAUGUGUAAGUCUCUAUUUUACCUGUAUGUGUAAGACUCUCUCAUACCUGUACAUAUAAGACUCUCUUACCUGUAUGUGUAAGACUCUAUCGUACCUGUAUGUGUAAGACUCUCUCUUACCUGUGUGUGUAAGACUCUCUUACCUGUAUGUGUAAGACUCUCUCUUACCUGUGUGUGUAAGACACUCAUACA